GCAAGCCACCGCCCGUUCGAAAGUGUUCGGUUAUUACUUUUAUUCUAUUCAUAUAACAAGCACAAUCCUCGUCGCAAUCUAUGCAAUAAGCCAGUUCAAUCCAAGCUGCAGUGAUAUACGCGUCGGCUGCGAAGUGGGGUGUUUCAUCGUCUGCGAUCUCUUAAAUCUUCCAGAAUUCCAGCUGCAGCUGCCCGCUGGCACUUCCGUGCCGUGUUUAUGGAUCUCGUGCGCGUUGAACUUUCCUAGCUUGUCGCAGCCCAGCUGAAAAACCAGACGGAAUGAUUGACUCACCGGAGUUGAAUUCGUGCGUCGAGGAGUGGGACCAGCUCGAAAAGGAAUAUUGUGACCUAGAGAAGUCCUACAGGCAGUACCUGCAGCUGACCGGGGAGGUGCAGCGGUCCCAGGACGAGUGCCUGAAGGGCCUGCGCCACCACCGCUACCGGUCUUCUCUCAUUGCCGAGUCCCUGAAGAAGGUGGUGCCGUCGAGCGAGGAGCAGAGGAGGCAGAAGGAUGAGCUCGCUCAGAAACUUGAGGCCAAGAGGCUGCACUUGGAUGACAUCGGACAGGAUCUGCCCCAUUCCAAUGGCCUCUACCUGCAGAUUGUACUGGGCAGUGUCAACCUGUCGUUCCGGGACGCAGAAAAGUAUCGCUACAAAGACGAGUAUGAGAGGUUCAAGCUGAAGGUCACCAUGUUCAUCCUCGUCAUGUCCAUUCUCUGCAUUGUCAUGAACUACAGGGUUAAUGAUGCCAUUUUGCAUUUCCUUCUGGUCUGGUACUACUGCACACUUACAAUACGGGAGAGCAUCCUUGCUGUUAACGGAUCCAAGAUCAAGGGUUGGUGGCGGUUACACCACUUUAUCACCACUGCACAGGCUGGGAUCAUCAUUGUGUGGCCGGACGGCGUCGUCUAUGGCAAGUUCCGGCGGCAGUUCACGUGGUACGUCUUUUUCAUCAGCAUCAUCCAGUUCUGGCAGUUCUACUACCAGCAGGGCUGCCUGUACAGGCUUCGUGCCCUCGGUGAAAGCCACAACAUGGACAUCACCAUCAGUGGUUUUCGCUCGUGGAUGUGGCGGGGCCUGUCCUUCCUGCUCCCAUUCCUCUACUUUGCCUAUAUGUUCCAGCUGUACAAUGCCUACACGUUGUACCACCUCAGCCAGCUGCCCGAGUGCAAUGACUGGCAGGUGUUUGUCUCGGCUGUCAUCUUCUUCGUGCUGUUCCUGGGGAACUUGCUGACCACCUCGCUGGUCAUCUGGCACAAGCUGAGCGGCCGCACCCUCAUCCGAAGGCUGGAGAAGAAGCACCAGCAGCACAGCCACGCCAAUUGACGACGCGACAGCGGCACCCGUCCCGUCCCCCGUCUUUGGGUUGCCGCCGACUCCCCGACCGGCCGCACUUCGAGCGGCCCGGCUUGUGUCGGCUCGGUCGACGCGUCUGCUCGAAAGGAGUCGUAACGGCAUUCGCUAGUCAGCUGUUUACGUACAACAAUAGUUUUGUUUGUUCCUUUGGUUACUUGCCGUCUGCUCACUAGCAUUUUCUCGACGAUUCGUGUGUGCGUUUUUGACCUUGCAUGAGGUGCUUGUUUGUGGACUCGUGUAAAGCAGGUGGCGCAACUCGGCUCGUUUUGAGGCUGCCGCCAUGCUUGUGCGGUCUAUACUCUGUUCACCCCUAAGCUAACGAUACAUUGGAAGCCACGUGCUCGUUGAAGCAGUCCUAUGUCUAUGUUUUGCCCCCCCCCUCGACCCGUGCGCUGAAAGCAGGAUCAAGCGAUGAAAGGGAGGCAGGUGAUUGGUCCGGCAAGCCUUUUAGCUCUCCGACAGCUUAGGGGUGAACGUAGUAUCGCCGGGGCAGUCUCGCGGUAAUGGGGUGAAGUCGGGGACUGGCACUGCACGUUGGGACCACUGCCGAGCAUAGUGGGUGUUUCCACGGGUUACAAGGAUGUGGUCUUCUACUUUUGAGAAUUGGUCCCGUUCUGAGUCUUGGUACCUGCACCACGGGUGGUGGGAGCUGCUGGUUCUGGCAGCGGCAUCUACGAGACUAUGCCAUCGGUGACAACGACGUGUUGUUUCUGUACCUGUAUUGCGGGCUCUCUCGAGACCGUACAAUUGGAUCCUGGUGUACGGUACAAAGAGAUGUCUUGGAGGUAUUUCUCUUGCUUCGUCCUGGUUUCGAACUUUCCACCUUUUUCUUCGUGGGAUGCAUUUUGGCCUGUCUGAAAGGAAUUAUUUCUUCUUUCUCUUCCCUUUAAACUGCUGAAGGUUGGGUGGUCGGUGUUAGCCUUGCAUAGUUGAAAGCACUCUUGAUGUAUUGCAAGCCCAUAUCCCAACCUCCAUUUCAUUUUGAGUGUCGUUGUCUUCAAUAACUUCCUAUGCCCGUAUUCUGACUGCCAUUUCAUUUUGAGUGUUGUUGUCUUCAAUAACUUGGUGUCAUGUAUCGAGAUGUUUACUGCACGUGUUCAGUUUGCCCAAUUUGGAAAUGUUGCGGUGCGGCUUUGUGUGGUGUGCAAGUUUUUAUGUUUUUGGUAGAAAAAAAAAAGAAUACUAGUAGUUCAGGUAGGCCAACAGCUUAAAAAUCUACACUUGCUGCUUCAAGCAGACUUCUUUUUUUAGAUGUUAUGGGACUAGAAUUUACUCUAGAGUUUGUUCACACUCAUGUAGGCUUUUUUUUUUUCAAGUAAACAUAUUUUAUUCCAAGUUGUGUUUCUUGUAUACCAUUCAUGACCUGCUAAGGGCUUUGGGCCACAUUCUGUAUUUUGACGCAAUAGCAUUUAGGAGCUCUUGUUGCAAAAAAUCUGGCGUCGGCGUCAGUGGGGCCAAAAAAUCCCAUAAUGCAACGUGCACAGCCAUGUGUGACGUGGCUGUGACAUUGUGACCCGCUAAAUUUGUCGUAAAAUUUUUCUGCCAAAUUUGCUAGGAAAAUUCCAGUGAAAACAGAUGAUGUCAUGUGACAACACAUGAUGCUAAUGGCUAGGCUAUGCUCACAUGCUUGCACAGCUUGGGAACAAGAGCGGGUUUAAUGAGAAAGUUUUGCGAGCGGGCCAGACAACGCUAUCGCGUAUCUCUUAAAGGCAAAGCUUAAGCGUCCCUCAAUUUUUUAUGUGUAACUUUAAUUGUGUAUUUUUUUAAUAGAGGGUUUGGUUUUGUCAGUUGUAGUGGGAAGUUUUCGGGUGAAAGCUAAGACUGGAUUGUUGUCAUGCCUUAAAACUUUCUGCACUCAUAUUUUGCUUCAGAGUGCAUACUAUCUGGAGUUUAUGCUGAAGCGCGCAAGACGCAUUAACGACUUUGCACUGACUGUGUAGCAAAGGCCUAGUGACAAGUAUGUUGCUCUUUGCCAUCACUGUUUAUCCCAUAUUGUGGAUUUUUACGUAUCCAGCUCUCUUCUGUCAAGAGUUACCUCUUUUGAAGGACCCUGAGGUGCUGUGUAGCAUGCAGUCUUUGCAUUGCCCAUGACAUCGCAACUUUGUGGUUGCAUCACUGUAAUGUAAUGAUCAAGCAACUAACUGAUACUAACUACUCCACUGAGAGUUCUGUUAGACCUUAAUGUUGUUGAGUUCCAUUAAAUGGUUUGAACAAUG